AUGAAUUCGCAAAUGAGAGGAAUGAUAUUCACAGAUCCAGGUUUCCACUCCGUGAUGGCGCACUCCUUCUCAAACUCCUCCAAGUCAGCUAACGCAGCCGUCACUAGUUCAAAGAUCGGCAUUGUCGCUCUAUCGCAGAAAAAAUCGGAAAUGAAGCUGGGGAGUUGCCACUUUUUGACUUGCCUCGAGUUCUUACAUCAAGUCAAUCAAUCAAAGCGAUCAAUCUCCUCCUCCGCCCCCACCGUCGCCCCCACCACCGCCAUCACCACCGCAAUCGCCGCCUCCAUCACCGCCGCCGUCGCCUCCACCGUCCCAACCUCCCCCAUCGUCCCCACCACCAUGGUGGCCUCCAUCGUCGUGUCCGUCAUGUCCGUGGUGCCCAUGAUGCCCAUGAUGCCCAUGAUGCCCAUGAUGCCCUCCUUCAUCACCCCCAGCGCCGCCGAAGUCGGCGUACGUGGCGUAGUCGCUACUCACUGCCGCGCCAUCCCCGCUGUUGUCCGUCCGCUUGGCACCGCGAGCGUUGUUCACCUUUCCGCGGGUUCUGUCCUGCUUCCCUCCUCCUCCUCCUCCAUCCCCUCCACCGCUGGUGGGUUUGGCGUUGCAGAUGCCCAUGCAACUUGA